AUGAACAAUUUCACUAAAGCCAUAUUCAAUGGAGAUUUUGAUGAAUCUUUAUCAUCUGAUGAUGAUAUAAUGAUGAUGCAACUGUUAGCAGUGCAACAACAAAAAAUACAAGCAUUAACCCUAAACCAACCAACUAGACAUGUUGUAUCUUAUAUUCAACAAGUCAAUGAGUACUUCAUCCAAACCCAUGAUGCCAUUGGUGCUCCUGGAUUAUCCAGUGUACAGAAGAUGACGACUGCACUUCGGAUCCUGCAAUACAGUGUACCUGUUGAUGCUGUAGAUGAGUACAUCAAAAUCGACAAAACUACUGCAACUACCGCCUUGAAUUUCUUUACUAGAACGAUUGUUGCUAUUUAUGAAGGCGUUUACUUAAGAUUCACAAAUGAGGCAGAUGUUGCUAGAUUAUUACAAGAGGGAGAGCAACGUGGGUUUCCUGGAAUCUCUCUAAAUGAUAUUACUGUUCUUGACAAGUCGCAUUUAUUUUCUGAAUUAACUAGAGGACGUGCUUUUGCUGCCAACUAUACCAUCAAUAAUCAAGCGUACACCAUGGGAUAUUAUCUUGCUAAUGAUAUCUAUUCUCGUUGGACAACGAUUGUGAAAACAAUAUCUCAACCUCAAGGUUUAAAGAGACAACUAUUUGCGAGGAUGCAAGAGGCAUGUCAGAAGGAUGUCGAAAGGGCAUUUAGAGUGCUCCAAGCACGCUUUAAUAUUGUUAGAGUUCCGGUGAGAGGUUUGAGUGAUGAUGAUUUGUACUACCUCAUGAAAAUGAGCAUUAUUUUUCACAAUAUGGUUAUUGAAGAUGAGCGUAAUAUUCUAGAAAAUCAAUGCAGUGCGGCACUACUGCAAAUUGAUACCACCAUACCCCAUGUCAAGUGUCACACGAUCCAAAUCAGGAGUAUGCUAAAUUUAUAUUGA